CGCGUUCAGCUCAAUUGAUCCUAAAUCUUGGCUAAGGUCAGGCGCCUUUUAAUGCUAUUGCUAGAAAAAGUGAACGGAUGCAAUUACUCAAUCGGGCGCGGGCGCGAACUCAAGCUCCAUCUGGCCUUUGUGCAUUGUGCCAAACGGCAAUGAGUCAGUGUGUGUGUGUGUGUGAGUGUGUGUAUGCUGUGUAUGUGUGUUUUAUGCUGAGCCCAAGACAAUUAUUAUUAUUACGGAGAAACAACGGCAACAUUCAACAGGUGAACGUUCGAGAUGGAGCGGGUAGAGAUCGGCAAAAAGAGCGCCAGCAAUGAGCAGUGAGAGCUUUAAGAGUGUUAUAUUAACUGUUUAACCUGCAUCUCACGUCUGCUGGAGAGAGAGAGGUAGAGAAAGAGAGAGAGAGAGAGGCGGCGCGCAAGAAAGCUUCAAAUGAACUACCAAAACUUGACUCCCUCCCCAUCCAACGACAGUCCAACAAAACAGUCGGCGAGACUGCUUAAAGCGUUAAACAACACACCUCUGCGCCUCAAAGAAAAGCAGUUCAACCAGCCAAUAAACCGCCUUUCAAAGUAGUUUAUUCAAAUGCUGUAAAGGAAAAGUUUCCCACUAGCACGAAAAGUGAAAGAAAAUUCAAGUCAGUACAGGUCGAAGCGGCAUGCAACUGCAACUGCAACUGGAGAAGUUUCAAUUAGAGUCGAAGUGUAAACAACUAAAUGGUAAACCACAACCCAGCCCAACAUUGACAUUCCGAGCACAGAACCGCUACCACCGCUGCUGCUGGGCGAAUUGAAGCCAAGAGAAUUGAACGUCUAGAAGAGACCAGACCGGAGGAGAGCACAGAGACGAGCGCAGAGCGUAGAGUUGUGUGUUCCGGAGAGCUGAAAAGUCAAACAAUACGAAAUCAAUACAAAAGAAGCCGCGAAAAUGAAUCAAACGCAAGUGAAUAAUUUUCUGAAAUGCUUCCUGCAAAUUGAUGGAAGCAACAGCCCCUGGACGGCUCGUCACGACGAGGAUGAUCACGAGCACGACCACAACCACGACCACGACCACGAUCACGAUCACGACCAUGACGAUGACACGAGCGGAGUGCUGAUAGCCAAGGUAACCUCGAUGGUGGUGCUCUGCUUUGCCAGCACCAUCUGCGGAUCCAUACCCUUCCUGCUCAAUCGAUGCUACCACUGGACGGAGAACCAGACAAAUGCCCGAUCGGCGACAGUGGUCAAGUGCCUCCUGUACUUUGGCGGAGGAGUCCUGCUGGCCACCACCUUUCUGCAUUUGUUGCCAGAAGUCCAGGAGGUUGUGGAGCAGCUUCAGGAGUGCGGCGUCAUUGGAGAGCUCACCUUCCCGCUGGCGGAGCUUCUCAUGUGCUGCGGCUUCUUUCUGAUGUACUUCAUCGAGGAGGCCAUGCACACGUAUGUGGACAGGCACCAGCAGGAUCCGGCGGGAGCGGCCUUUGAGCGUGGCCACAGCAUCCGCAACAGCCAUCUGCUCAAGACGAAUGAGCCUAGUGCACCAACAGAAAAUGGAGGUAGCACUGCGCCAUCCGAGAUGGGAACCCUCUCCGUGCAGAAUCUCCUGCAAAACGAUCUCGAGCAACAGAAGUUUGGGGCCAAGCAGCAGCAGGCUCUGCCCCACGACACCCACAUGCACCAUCAUGGCCACAGCCACGGAAACGGACACGGACACAGCCAUUUACCAGUCGUGAUGGACGAUGCCUCCUCGGCGGACAUGCUGACCUCCUCCCUGCGCGGACUCUUCAUUGUCUCGGCACUGUCCCUCCACGAACUGUUCGAGGGCAUGGCCAUUGGCCUGGAGAGCUCCGCCAGCUCCGUGUGGUUCAUGUUCGGUGCCGUGUCCGCCCACAAGCUUGUGCUGGCCUUCUGUGUGGGCGUGGAGCUGAUUGUGGCCCGCACUCGCCUCACGUUGGCCAUCCUGUACGUGCUGACAUUCGCCGUUGUGAGUCCCCUGGGCAUCGGCAUCGGUAUCCUGAUCAGCAAUGGCCAGGACACGGGUCCCAAUCUGGCGUCGGCCAUUCUGCAGGGCUUUGCCUGCGGCACACUCAUCUAUGUGGUUUUCUUCGAGAUUCUGUCCAAGAACCGAUCCGGACUGCGUGCCUACCUGGCCCUCUUUGUGGGCUUCAUCGUCAUGUUCGGCCUCCAGCAGCUCAGUGCCAGUGGCGGACACGGACACAGCCAUAGCCACAGCAGCUGCUCGGGCAGCAAAGAUGAUCACCAUGAGACUGAGACAGGGUCGGGUUCGGGCGGUCACUCACACGACCACGGACACGAUCAUGAUCACGCCCACCUGCCACCACAUCACAAUCAUGCCGAGGAGCUGGCCGCUGUCCACAAUUACGAGCAGCAGCUGCAGGUCCUGCGGCAGGUGACCCAAAAACUGCUUGAAGCCAAGAAGGACACUUAGGACAUAAGCUGCCUAGCAGCAUGUUUGAUAUAUUUAUAAUUUUUAUAUAUAUUUAUCUAGAAAAUAAAGAGCAUGUACAUUUUU